AUGACACUGGCCAUUUCUGGCUUAGCCAAGACCACUAAUACUAUUACCAGCCUGUCACAGCUGCUUCCCUUGGAGCUUGUGGACAAGUGUAUAGGAUCAAGAAUUCACAUCAUGAUGAAGAAUGAUAAGGAAAUUGUUAUGUUUCUAAGAUUUGAUGACUUUGUCAAUAUGGUGCUGGAAGAUGUCACUGAGUUUGAAAUCACACCAGAAGGAAGAAGGACUACUAAACUAGAUCAGAUUUUCCUAAAUGGAAAUAAUAUAACAAUGCUGGUUCCUGGAGGAAAAGGACCUGAAGGAUGUGAGGGCUAUCUGGCUGUCACCCCAUUCAUCGCCAGGAUUGAUUCGGAUGAUCUGGCUAGCCAGGCUGUUUUCCCUUCCUCCCUCACCCGCUCCAUGUGCGUCCCUUCUGAAACUGAGAGCUCAGUGAAGAGGAAGACCUUCCCCAUAGAGAAGGACCAUUCUUUGGUCAAGGAUAUAUGA